AUGGGCCUCCUGACCCAGCUGCUGGAGUCCUCUGACUAUCUCCAGGAGUGUAGAAAUCCUCACAGUAGCCCAUCCCUCAGGACCAGUAGCCCAAACUGGUCAACCCCAGUCCUCAGCUGGGGGACAAACAAAGACAGUCAGCAGGGGAGGCCUCGAUCACCCCCAGCCCUUGACGGUGUGUGCGGUCGCUUCUUUGGCACAGAGAAAGAAGAGGAGGAAAUUGAACAACCCCAGGAGGAUUGCGCGGGCCAGCUGUCAGAGACGGACUCGUCUUCUUAUUGGUUUCCUCAUCAGAGAGCUGAAAAGAAAGCGGGCAGAAAAUCUCAGCCUCACAGAGCCGCUCAAAAAGGGUCUGGUCUCCAUGGAGACAUAAAGAUCUCCUCCAUCACAACAAGUCAGAGGUCUUCAUCUUCUUCUUCAGGUCCAGAGAGGACCCCACCUCAGGAACCAAUCAUCUCCCAAGUGCCAUUAAGAUUGCAGAUCAAAGUGCCCGGUCAGAGGGGGAGUUUAGGAUUCAGCAUUGCAGGUGGGCGGGGGUCUCUGCCUUAUAAAGAAAACGAUGAGGGCAUCUUCAUUUCCAGAGUAAUCAAAGGAGGAGCGUCAGAAAAGGCCGGUGUCCAUGUUGGAGACAGAUUAAUGGAGGUCAACGGCCUCGACAUGCAGGGAGCGACGCACCAUCAGGCCGUCAGCGCCCUCAGGAAUGCUGGGAGCUGCAUCAAGAUGAAAGUGCUCAGAGAGCGGCUGCUUCCCCGGGAAGUGUGCGAGCCACCUCUAGAUGUGACGGGACAACAGCUGCGGGGCCGGAGGAGCAAACAUCAGAAGGAAGAAAGCAGAGAGGACUGCAUGUCUAAGAAGGUUGAGGCUGUUGUCUGCAACGGCAACUGCAUUUCUGAUUUGGAGAGGGAGCUGAAGAGGACCCUGUCGGAGUUGGAGGCAGUCACCAAAGCAAAAAAUGAUUCACUCCAAGGAGGGAAGCACACAAUGACAAUCCCCCGGAUCAUCCUCACUCAUCCCUCUACCUCAGAUGAAGAUGUGGAGCUCUUGACACAGAGCCCCAACAGAGAGCUGCAGCAUGAUGACGUUCCUGACAGAUGCUGUUUUGACAGUGCCUUCUACCCACUUUGACCACAGCCUGAGGAAUAAAGAUGAAGGACAAAGACUUCGGUUUCCCUCCUCUUUCACUGACGAUUCUGUGGGAGACUGAAAAGCUUGUUUUGUCUGCCAGAUUUAAGUGCUGCUAAAAGUGAUGUGAAAGUUAUUUGAAAGAACUUUAUUUUUCUAGCUAAAACCACAGAGACUUGUCUGUGCAUGAGAAAAGACUGACAGGCAGAAUAAGACAUCUCUCUGCUGAAAACGGUAGACAUGAAUGCUGCUGGCUACUCCUGCAUCGCACCACCAGGCUUUAAGUUUCAAUACACAGUGUCUGCAACCGUGACGGUGUGGAGCCUUCAGAUGUUUUUUAGCCUGCACCAAGAUAAAAGACCACACAGCUGAACAGAGCACACAGCAGGGAGUCAGACUCCUGCUCAGACACGAGUCAGACUGAACUCUGCAUAUUCACGCUCUUCCUGUGUGAGCUAAACUCAGACCCUGGAGGUUACACACUCUCCUUUAUGAGAGGAUAAGAGGAGGUAAGACACCAC